AUGGCAUGUAUAGGAUCGAGUAGGCUUUGUGCUCAUGUGGAGAGACUGUGCCAGUUCGGACAUUUCGCCCAAUUACGGAGGAAAGUUUCGACUACGACAUGUGUGAAAUCGCGGUCGGUGCUCUCGUCGCGGACGAGCGGCACGCUCCUCCAACACUGCCAGAACAAAACGAACUCCCGGGACAGCAGGAUAGGUCUCGUGAGGGCAACGAGCACUAUGCAAACGCAAAUGCCUGGAUCUUUACCUGAUUACCAAAUCGAUCCUUAUACACUUAUAGAAGACGACCUUAAGGAUAUAUUUUUCGAUAUACGAUCGAAACUUAUAAAAAACACCUCGCUAGAAGAGUUGCAACCUAUAACCACAUACUAUUUCGAUGGCCACGGGAAAGCGAUACGACCCAUGUUUACUAUACUCAUGGCACGAGCUAUUAAUUAUCACAAGGGAAAAAACAAUCUCUCAUAUUCGCAACGACAAGUAGCGAUGAUUUCCGAGAUGGUCCAUAGUGCUUCUUUAUUGCACGAUGAUGUCAUUGAUCAAUCAGACUUCCGUCGUGGCAAGCCAUCGGUUAAUAUCGUCUGGAGUCAAAAGAAGGUGGCUAUGGCAGGAAAUUACAUCUUAUCAGUCGCCUGCAUGAUGCUUUCCGAAAUUCAUAAUGAUGAUGUGACUAUUACCAUCAGUCAGAUGGUCGCUGAUUUGGUGCAAGGCGAAUUUAUGCAGCUUGGUUCCAAAGAAACGGAAAACGAGAGAUUCGCGCACUAUCUCACGAAGACUUAUCGAAAAACAGCAAGCUUAAUUGCCAAUUGCAUGAAAGCGGUCGCCAUUCUUUCUGAUGUUGAUGAGCGCACGAUAGAGAUGGCCUUCCAAUACGGCAGAAAUGUUGGCUUGGCAUUUCAAUUGGUAGACGAUCUUCUGGAUUUUGUAGCUUCUACAACAGCUAUGGGCAAACCCACGGCCGCUGAUCUUAAACUUGGACUAGCUACAGCUCCGGUGCUUUUUGCUUGCGAACGGUAUCCAGAAUUGAAUGCAAUGAUUAUGCGUCGUUUCCAAGAGCCCGGAGAUGUUGAGAAAGCUUUCGAAUUGGUGCAUAAAUCCAAUGGUCUCGAACAAACAAGAUUCUUGGCAAAGAAGCACUGUGUGGAAGCCAGCAAGAUCGCUCAGUCCUUUAUUAAGAGUCCUUAUCAGAAAGCGCUGAUCAUUAUGGCGGAUCUGGUUAUCAAUCGCAUGAAAUAGCAUCGUAAAGAACAAAGAUUUAAACAGUGGAAGAUACUUUUAUAAGUAUUUAUAAGUUAUACUGGACGGGAACGGCUAUAGUACAAUUCUCCUGAAUUUUAUAAGUCGCAUGCUGAGGCCGCAAUCGAAGAAAGUUUUUCGCAUUCAAUAUUAUAUCACUAGUUGGAAUUAUAUAUUGUUAUAAAUAAUUUAAUAUAUUUGAGAAUUUUUAUAAAACGUAAUUAAAUAAGGAAAUUGAUCUUGUCAUUAUAAUUCAUGGUGAUGUAAUAUUGAUACAUGAUUGACAACGGAAGCGUAUAGCCGUAAAUGCGUUGUAUCAUCGCAUUGCCGACCAUGAGUUCAUACCUCAUCCGAAGGAAAAAUGGAGAAGACAUCUUAAGUCUCGUAACGUAUUCGCUAAAGUAUUUCUGCCAGAAUACUUUAUCGAUAUACAUAUGUUUAAGUUGUCUGAAAAAUGCAGAAAAUUUGCAUUUUACAACAAAAGUGCCUAGGCAUUACGUUUACUUGGCCUGUGUAUGAAAGAAAAUCUCACGUAUUACCUGAUUUUAUAAAUCGUUAGCCGAUUAUGUAAAUAAAGUAACCUAGCAUUAGUAACAAUUAGCAUCGUUAAUCUUCUCUGUUAUGUCUCUUUUAUGCAUGCAUCUUUCUCAUGUCGCAUGAUAAAAUUAUAUUGCUGUCGGUUUCCAAAAUAAAAAUAAUGCACAAAACAGAAUUAUCUUGAAAACAAAUAUUGUAACGGUAAUUAUUAUAUUUAUCCCGUCUUGAAAUUAAAUAUUAUAAUUAUUGUAUUGCGAUAAGUCAGAAAAACUGCUUGCAUUAAAGGAGCUUUAAUGAGAAUUUAUUGUAGCAUGGCAAAAACAAAUUGAAAAUUGAAAAAACAUACAUAUACAAUAACGGCAGACGUACAGAAUUAACGUUAUACAAUAGGAAUAUAUCUUCGGUCUUUAUGACCAUUCAAAUACAAUGUAUACAUAUUUUUGAUAAAGUGGAAAGUAAUUUCUAUCGCAGUAAAAUUGUAAAAAUAAAUA